GCUCCUUUAAGACCAACAGUCCCAGCGCAUUGAUCUGCGCUUCUUUCCCAGCCACACACCUCCCGGUCGGUGUCCGUCCGCUCGCCCUCUGAACUAUUUGCCGACUGCUGUAUUCCUGCUCCGUCCCUCGGUGGGUGCUGGUUACUGUGGGCUGUCAGCUGCUUCACUUGGUGACCGCAGCUCUCUGCUCGGCUUGUGGCCAGACUUGGGACUCGCCGCUUCGAAGUAACAAAAAAAAGACAAACUUCGGUGAAGUUUGUCUGAAAAAAAGUUGGAGGCCGGUUUCCGCGUUGCGUGGCUGUUUGUGAGCGUUGGGAUGGGGCACUGCUCAAGUUUCACACCCUUAGUUACUUGUGAAUCCUGAAUGAGAUUGUUCGCCUACGGCGCCGCACCAGGGCUCUCAAACACAUUGGCAGCGAGUUUAGCAGGAUUAAAGUGCACCCUGACUGAAGCAUGGAUAAGUAUGAGGAUCUGGGGCUGGAGGCCAGCAAGUUUAUUGAGGACUUGAACAUGUACGAGGCAUCUAAGGACGGGCUGUUCAGGGUGAACAGGGAUGCCUGCAAGCCCGAGUUCGAGGAGACCCGGCGAGUGUUUGCGUCCAAAAUGAACAGGAUUCACCUGCAGAGGCAACAGGAGAUGUUACUGAUGGGCAAUCAGCAGGGGGCUGCUGCCAGAUUGAAUGGUGGCUUCGGCUCAAUGGCCAAUGAUCCUGAGAGUGUGCCCUCUGCUGAUAGAGCCCGGCUUCAGAAUCGCCUCAGUGCAGAGCUUGGAGCCAAGCCUCCAGUGUCUGCCACACCAGCAUCCAACCUCCCUGGGCACCCAGGACCUCCUUUGCCCAACCGAUACUCACAAGACCUGACCCUCAGGCCCAACCACGAGCACGAGAGUGCUACCGCUGGACACUCUGGUCCCGAGCCCCAUGGCCCUCCCUCUACUGUCAUUCCGUCUGGUGUCCCAAAUUAUUCUCAAUCCAGCCCCAGGUCGAGCAGCCACCAGGACAGCAGCUCGAGGUCCAGCCUGGCCAGCCCUCGAUCCAGUCUCUUGGGGUCCCAUCAACUCUCCUCCAGUCCAAAAGAGGCAACCCAGUUCCAAGUUGCCCCACACUCUGCCCCUGGUGCCUGUGAGUCUGGCAUGCACCAAGCACUGGGCAAAGCCCCUGAGCACAAAGUGCAACCCCAGCACAAUCAGCGCAGCCCAUCCAGUUUGGUAAAUCCUGGCCCAGACUGGUCCGAACUCAACCAUCGGGCCCCCGAAGUAGAUGCCCAGCUGUCUCAGGCUGGUCCCAGACCUGCCAGUGUCCCUGGCAAUCUGGCCAUGGGCCUGCCUGAUGCCUUUCCUCAGGCCCACCCUGGGUCUGUUUCCAGUCCUGUCUCCCAGGCCCCAGCACAAGCCCAGCUGUCCAGGUCUUCCCUAAGUCACGAUCCAGAUUACAGCCCCCAAGAGUCUGCCUCCAAAGUACGCCUGCCCUGCCAGCCUCUCCUUGUGCAGCAGGACCCGGGACGAUCCGCAGCUGAAUUAAAAUUAGAAGCUCUUACUGACCGUCUGGAGCAAGAACUGGAUGCACACCCCAAGGCGGAGUAUUUUGGGACUUGCGUGAAGUGCAGCAAAGCGGUGUACGGAGCACACCAGGCGUGUCAGGCCAUGGGGCACCUAUACCAUGAUACCUGCUUCACCUGCAGUGCCUGCAGUAGAAGAUUGCGAGGCAAAGCUUUCUACUUUGUAAACGGGAGGGUAUACUGCGAGGAGGAUUUUCUGUACUCUGGCUUCCAGCAGUCUGCCGACAAAUGUUUUGCUUGUGGCCACCUGAUAAUGGACAUGAUCCUCCAAGCCCUGGGCAAGUCUUAUCACCCUGGAUGUUUCCGCUGUGUCAUCUGCAAUGAGUGCUUAGAUGGGGUGCCGUUCACUGUAGAUACAGAGAACAAGAUUUACUGCAUCAAAGAUUACCAUAAAGUAUUGGCUCCGAAGUGUGCAGCAUGUGGCCAAGCUAUUCUUCCAGCAGAGGGCUCUGAUGAAACAAUUCGUGUUGUUUCCAUGGAUAAGGAUUACCAUGUGGAAUGCUAUCAUUGUGAGGACUGUGGUAUGGAGCUGAAUGACGAGGAGGAUCACCGUUGCUAUCCACUGGAUGGACAUUUGCUUUGUCACACUUGCCACCUAAAACAUAUUGACAGUGAGACGCCCAGCUCCAUCUACCAGCCUAAAUACUAGGUGCACCAAUGACUGGCUUGUUGCAAGACCAUUUAGAUUGGUGAAGUGCUGCAAUUCAACAAUGCCCAGAGAGCGAAGGCAAUCCAAGGUUUCCAAGCAAACAUUGUGUGUGACUGCCUGUGGGUUUCAGAGAGAGACAAGGCAAAAUGGGACAUCUUUGGCUUUUGAUACAUGAUGCUUUCUUACAAAACAUUUUGAGGAUAUUCUAAGUGAUCAGAAAAGGCUGAUCCAUUAUGGAACUCCUUUUUACUUAAAUGUGAUACUGCAGACAUCUAUUGUUGGAUCAGGUCUUAUUUCAAUUAGAUUUGCAAUGAGUACGCAAAAGAUUCUCAAUUUUAGUGAUUGCAUGCAUUGAGAUAGAGAAUUUGUUGUGCCGUUUAUUUCCCAAGAGAAUAUGCGAGGAAUGAUCUGGUGCAAGAUUAAUGUGGCAGGCUCGGAAUAAUUGCAAUAGAACAUUUACAAAAAUAUGUGGUCAUUGGUGCUGGUUUCUGCUCAGACUUGGGCUCUGUAUUUCAAUUGUAAAAAGACAAUCUCUUGACAUAAUUGUGAUUGAUAUCACACCAAGGAUCUUGAUUUUGAACAAUAUAUUUUUCCAGGCUAAACAGCAGCUGUUUCCAGUUAUUCCAGAGUUUGUUUGGCAAUGGACUGUUUAAAAACUGGCUUCCUUUUUUCACAUAACCUUCCCUGAAAAUAUCUCUGGAUGUUCUACAGUUGUGAUCUUGGGCACUCUAAAAUAUUGGAAACUCAUUGUAAAAAAAAAAGUAUUUUCAAGAAAUAUGUUACUUUAAGAGGGCUCCUAGAGUAUUAGGAUGAAUUUAGAAAAUGCUUAAUUUGUACUUUUUCCACAGUUCUGAGAUUUUCUAACACCCUGCAUGUAUUUUAAUGUUCAAUACUUUAAACAACCAAAAAAUUUGAAGUGAGUGAACAAAUUGAGAAGACUCUAAACUGAACUUCCAUUUUAAAAAUUGUCUGAAAUGUACUCGCAUUUUAUGUACACAUUGCAAUUUGUUGUCUUAAAAAUAAACAGAUGACCCCCUUUUAAAAAAAA